AAGAGUGUUUAUGGAAGCCACAGAGCCAACAUUUGUAGAUGGUCCAAUCCCAGGCCUACUUGCCCUCCCUCCAUCAGACCCAACCCUUUAUGAACAAAACAAAAGAGGUGUAGUGAAGAUCAACCCGAUGACAAUUCCUCGUGCGCCAAAAGAAGAGGAAGAGAAGAAGGAGAAAAAGAGCAAAACAUCUAAAAAGAACAAAAAGAAAGGCAAAAGAGGCAAACAAACCGAAUCAGACGAUGAAUAUGAUGACUCUGAAGAGCAGAAGAUGAUGAAAGAUAAAUUCCAUGAUGAAUGGGAGAAGAAGAGAAAGCAAGUCUCCAAGAAAGAUCUUGAGACAAAUACUCUCCUUGUUGACGACCACUAUCAUGUACUUGGCCUUGAGGAUUUCGGACUCGCAGCCACAGAGCAUAACAUCAAGUCUGCUUACAGAAAAUUAGCUCUUGAGUACCAUCCAGAUAAGAAGAGGCCAGCCACUGAGGAAGAGAAGAAAGAUGAAGGAGAAGGAGACACUCUUAACCCAGAAGAGAAAGUAAAGAAGGAAAUAUGGCUAAAGAUCCUCAAAGCAUAUGAAACCCUUAUUGAUCCAGAGAAGAGGAAGAAGUAUGAUAGCUCCCUUCCAUUUGAUGAAAAUAUUCCAGAUGAAGAUGAUUUCGAUGAUGAGUCUUUCUACGACGUAUUCACAGAGGUGUUCAAUAGAAACGCAAUCUGGGCUAAAAACAAGCCAGUCCCUCAAUUGGGUAACGAGAAGACCCCAAUUAAAAAGGUUCUAAAGUUUUACAGAUACUGGGAUAACUUCGAUACUUGGAGAGACUUUAGUUGUCAUGAUGAAUAUGACCUCGAGGAAGCAGGUGAUAGAUAUGAGCGUGCCUACAUGAACAAAGAGAACAAAAAAAUCCGUGACAAGUACAUCAAAGUUGAAAAACAAAGACUUAUCGAGCUCUACAGGAUUGCCUACAACAAUGAUCCACGGAUAAAGGCUCAUAACGAGCAGCUUAAAAAGGAAGAAGAGCAAAAGAAAAAGGAGAAAUUCGAAAAGAAGCAAAAGGCUCGUGAAGAACGUAAACGUCUUGAAAAUGAGGCCAACCGCAAGUUGGAGGAAGAGAAGAGAAAGGUUGAGGAAGCUAAAGAGAAGCAAAGAAAAAUGGUUGAAAUCAAGAAGCAACUCAGAGAAACCAUGAGUACCAAAUUGAUUGAACUCGCUGACCAAAAACUCAAGCAGUUCAGUUAUGAAUACGACCAAUACGCCAUGGAAGAGAUUGUUAAGAAAUUAACAGACGAAGAUAUACAAAAGUUGGUUAAUGAAAUCACUGAUAUGGGAGAGGGUCAAGACGAGUUUGACCGGGUCAAGGUAAUCAUUGAUCAAGUCAAGCAGGACAAUAUCAAAAGGAUAAAAGAAGAGCAGAAAAAGGACCUAAAGAAGAGAGAAGAAGCUAAAGAAUCGAAUAAAGCAUGGACUAAAGAAGACUUCUCAUUAUUAGUUAAAGCUCUUAAUAAGUAUCCCGGUGGAACUAGAGAUAGGUGGAAGACCAUCGCUUGAUUCAUGGGAAAUAGCUAUACUUCCAAGGAUAUUAUUGACAUGACUCAGCAAUUACAAAAGAGAAAGAAUGCAGGAAAGAAGACUAAGAAGGAAGGGGAUAAAAAGAAAGCUGAAGAUACAUCAAAGACAGAAACUAAGCCUGAAGAAGCUUGGAGCGAAGAGCAGCAGAAGAGCCUUGAACUGGGACUUAAGAAAUAUCCAAAGACUCUACCCCCAAAAGAGAGAUGGGACAAGAUUUCAAAAGAAGUUGGUGAUAAAACUCCUAAAGAAUGACUGGCAAGAUUCAAAUACAUAGCAGCUUUGAUCAAGAAGAAAGCUAAAAAGUAAAAC